UUUUCCCAAAUUGUGCACACUCUCAUUAACCCCCCACCGUCAGAUCACACAUCCAUAUCCUUUUUUCCACCGUCCGAUACUCACACGUUUCCACAACAAAAUCUCUUUUAUAUCCUCCCUACUUCUUCGAAAAAAAGAAAUAGUUCUAAUUUUGUAAAAUCCCCAAAACAUCAUCGAAGAUAGGGUUUUAUUCGGCCGUCAAAUUUGUCGGCGGCGGCGGGUUCGAUUUCAACUUCAUCUUCAUUGAAUUGUUUAUGAAGCUCUCAAAAAACUGAAAUUUUGUGUAUUUAUUAUAUGAAAUUUUACUAUUUUCUUGUGAAGUUCUCAAUAAGUGAAGAUAGAGGAGUAUGGAGAAGGAGCUAAUUGAGCUGUUUGAAACGGUUAAACGAGCUGCCGAUGCAGCUGCUGUUGACAGCGGUGCAGAUUCGUCGCCAGAAGAGAGUAGAUGCCUUGAUGUAUUGAAGCAGCUCAAGAAGUUUCCUGUUAAUUAUCAAGUUCUCGUUACUUCACAGGUGGGAAAGCGUCUUCGACAAUUGACAAAACAUCCGAGGGAGAAGAUCCAGGCUUUGGCUUCUGAUGUGGUUCAGAACUGGAAGAAUAUAAUCGUAAAAGAAACUAUGAAAAAUAAGAACAGCAAUGGAGUGAAUGGGGAAUCUGUAAAAGAUGAAUGUGCUGGUGCUACUGCUAAUGGAGCCACUAAAUCUCAGACAGCGGAGUCGGUGAAGGUUGAAAAGGUGUCUAGGGUUGAUAAUGUAAAGAUUGAGAGAGUGACUUCAAAAUCUGAAGUAGUAGUAAAAUCAGAAAGUUCCAUUGCUGAGAAAAAGGUUGAGCGUGUUAAUGUUGUGAAGACUGAAAAGAGUAGCUCUAGUGCGGCAAUUGCUGCUCCGCCAAAGUUGGGCGCUCUAAUUUAUUGCAAGGAUUCUUUGAGGGACAAAGUUCGGGAACUCCUUGCAGAGGCUUUAUGCAAAGUCUCAGGUGAAGUUGAUGAGGAUCUGAUGGAUGAGGUAAAUGCAUGUGAUCCAUAUAGAGUUGCAGUUCAGGUAGAAACUGCAAUGUUUGAAAAGUGGGGCAGAUCUAAUGGUGCUCAAAAGUUCAAGUAUAGGUCUAUAAUGUUCAACAUCAAGGAUCAAAACAAUCAAGAUUUCCGGAGAAAAGUCCUUCUGGGGAAGUUCCCCCCUCGUGGUAUUACUGAACUGACACCAGAAGAAAUGGCAAGCGAAGAAAGGCAAAAGCAGAAUGAGAAAAUCAAAGAAAAAGCGUUAUUCAAUAGUGAACGUGGAGCUCCUGUACAGGCUAGUACCGAUAAGUUCAAGUGUGGUAGGUGUAAACAGAAUAAAUGCACCUACUAUCAGAUGCAAACGCGAAGUGCAGACGAACCUAUGACCACAUACGUGACAUGUGUGAACUGCCAAAAUCGCUGGAAAUUCUGUUAAAUUUGAGAGCGUGUCCGACCAUGUAUCACUUACUGUUGCACAUUGUGAGCUUCAUAGGUACCUUCUCUUAACCAUGAUGUAGCCCCUAGUUCAUUUUUUCAUUUUUCGUCUGGAUGGCGAUCUCAACAUGCCUGGCAUAUGAUCCCUGAUCUAUUUGUUUUACUAUUGCAAAGAUGUUUAUGACAUUGUAUUGUUCUCAUUCCUAGGAUAAAACUUUGCUCUACAGAAAAUGCAAUGUAUUGGAAACUGGAAAGAAACAAUAAAAAUAUUAGAUGCAGUUCUGUACAA